GACACAGUCAACCGUCAACCAAUCACAUACACAAAGUCCUUCCCGUAAAUCCUUGAUUCCUUCAGAAAUAAAAACCCAAAAAUGGAUUUUAAUUUUGGCGAUUUGAAAAAAGAAACCAACUCGGCCGUCGAAAACAUUUUUGACCGUGCUGACGAUGCCAAGAAACACGCCCAGGAUAUGUUGGGCAGCAUUGAUGACGUUUUAGGUGGUGGUGUUGAAAAAACUGACACUGUUAAAUCGGAUGGCAUGGUAGAUCCAUUGGACCCCCAAGCUUUCGUACAACGUAUGUCAGCUGGAGCCAAGGAGGCCCAAGAGGAAUUGGAUGCCAAAUUUUCAAAGAACACCAAUGAUUUAGAAGAUUUCCUUGGUCAGACCACAAACAGUGUAAAACAAGGUGUGGCUUCGUUGACCAAUGAUUUCAUGAAUGCUGAACGUGGUUUUAAGGACCAGGCAGGAGAUGCUGCGAAGGAAAUUGAAAAGAAGGCAGCCCAGGCUGUUGAUGAUAUAUUCGGACACUUUGGUGGCGGUGACAAUAACUUUAAGCCCUCAGCUCCAGUAGAGGGUGUAGCCAAAAGUGCAAACAGCCAAUUAAACGACUUUGACGACGAUGAUGAUGAUGAACCGGCUGCCAUGACAACAUUCGGCAAAACAGCUGCAACAGGCAUUGCGGCUAGCAACAAAGAUUCCGACAAUGAUUCACCUUCCAUUUCGUACAAUCCUUCUCCAGCCAAGAAGCUACCAUCCGAUGCUCUAAAGGAGCAGGACAAUGAGAAAUUCAUUUCCAGUGAAGAUCUUUUGGGUGAUUUCAAAGAUGAACGUACCGCAACACCCGACUCUCAGGCAUCCGGCAAUAACUAUUCAGCACCAUUGGCUAAAUUGCAAGAACCAAAAACAACAGAUCUGGAUGCAGAUGAUUUCGAUGAUGAUUUUGUUCAGGCUGAAAUUCCUAAACAAGUUGAAGAGAAAAGCGCACCAGUUGUUGAACCGACACCACCCGUACCAGUACCAACUCCAGCGGUGGCUAAACCCGUUCCUGUUACAAUGGAACCGGUAAAAGAACAGCCAGCGCCUGUAUCAGAAAUUAAAAAGGAGACACCAGCACCGGUUGCUGCUCCGACGACUGCUCCUACUCCAGUAGUUACGAAACAAGCAUCGGCUCCUAAGCCCCCGACUACAACAACAACAUCGAAGACAACACAGCAACAACAACAGCAACCCAGUAUUGUAUCGGUUGAGGAUAUUUUCUAUAAAUAUGGUUUGGACGCUUGGUUUAAGCCGGAGCGCUUACAUCCACGAGUGGAGUCGCUCAUCUAUUGGCGUGAUGUGAAAAAAUCCGGUAUUGUUUUUGGUGCUGGCCUUGUCACCCUUUUGGCUAUCUCAUGUUUCUCCGUCAUCAGUGUUUUCGCCUAUUUGUCACUACUGCUUUUGGCCGGCACAAUUGCAUUCAGAAUCUACAAAUCCGUAAUGCAAGCCAUACAAAAGACCUCAGAUGGACAUCCCUUCAAAGAAUACUUGGAAUUUGACUUGACCUUGUCACAGGAGAAAAUCCAAAAUAUUGCCGGUGUUGCUGUUGCCCACAUAAAUGGUUUCACAGCUGAAUUGAGAAGAUUAUUCUUGGUUGAAGAUUUGGUCGAUUCCAUUAAAUUCGGUGUUAUUUUGUGGGUUAUGACCUAUAUUGGAGCCUGGUUCAAUGGCAUGACAUUGGUUAUUUUGGCCUUUGUCUCCUUGUUCACAUUGCCCAAGGUCUAUGAAAACAACAAACAAUCCAUUGACACUUAUUUGGAUUUGGCCAGAAGCAAAGUAGCUGAAGUUACUGAGAAAAUCAAAGCAGCCAUUCCCAUUGGCAACAAGAAGCCAAUUGCUGCCGAAACAGAUAAGGACAAGUAAACCGUAACAACAACAAAACAACAGAAACGCAACCAUUAUUUAAAUGAUAUACAUUUGUAUUAACAUCGUUAGAAGUAAACAAAGAAAUGAACGCAAAUUUUUACCCAAAUUGCAAUUACUUUUCUUUUUUGUGUUUAUAAGAAAAUUAAUAAAAAAAAUCCAAAAUUAAUUUAUAUAUAAUAAACAAA